GGAGCAAGGACUAAACACAUAACUCACCAGAAUUUACACAGAGCAAACAAAAAGACUAAGAAAAUUUACGAAAGAUAUUUACCAAACAAAAUGUCUUCCUCUUCCUCGCAGACGUCGCGUCGCCCAUAUAUAUCAGCGGCUCUUAAUUCGCGUUCCAAUGCAGCCAAGACUCUCAACGAAUUGAUCAAGAUCCAUGGAUUAGAAUUUGCUUUCAAAAAAGACGGAGUGAAAAGGGACAUGGAAAGGGGAUGCAAAUCGGCGUUAGCUGACGAGUACGUAUCCAACAACCUACAUAAUCUGAGGACACAGUACUUGACAAAGGUGAUAAAUCUAUUCCGCCAAAAGCACCACGUGGCAGAGAUUAUCAAGACGUCAUGGACGUCCGAUGACGGCAAAGCGCAGACAUAUGACAUCAUCGAAGUCAUACAUUACCCAACAAACGAACGGUUGAUCGCCGACAUAGAUAUGUACGACGGGCUUCACCAAGUCAUGGAAAUUCCUGAAAACCUCGAGAAGGAUGUGCCGGUCGCGUUCGUCGGAACCGGCGAUGAUAUACGCCGUCUCGUAGCAACUAUUUCCGACGAAGGAGUUGAGGAAGCCCUUCUAUCUAAAUGGCUUGCCCGUAACGGUAUCUAAGCCCGAUGGGCUGUUUCCUAGGUUAUUUUAGUUACACAUUGUCGUUUAAAUUUGCGCACGUAAUAUAUAGACAAUUCCGUCGUGGUUUCGCUUAGUCAUGUAUAGAUACUUCCG